AUGUCGUGGUUCUGUGCUGUCGUUUUACAGCAGUACCGAGUGGUUUUACCGUGCUCAGUGCAGGAGUAUCAAGUUGGGCAACUUUAUUCUGUGGCAGAAGCUAGCAAAAAUGAAACGGGAGGUGGUGAAGGAAUUCAAGUCUUAAAAAAUGAGCCUUAUGAAAAGGAUGGCGAGAAGGGACAAUACACUCACAAAAUCUAUCAUUUAAAGAGUAAGGUUCCUGGUUUUGUGAGGAUGAUUGCUCCAGAGGGCUCCCUGGUGUUCCACGAGAAGGCCUGGAAUGCCUACCCCUACUGUAGGACAAUUGUGACUAAUGAAUACAUGAAAGAUGACUUCUUCAUAAAAAUUGAGACCUGGCAUAAACCAGAUUUGGGGUCAACAGAGAACGUGCACAAUUUAGAUCCAAACACAUGGAAGAGUGUUGAAAUUGUCCAUAUUGACAUUGCGGAUAGAACUCAAGUAGAACCAGGA